UUCACUUCCCCUCAAGUGGCCUCCACAAAACGCCGGCAAUGACGUAACACCAAGUGCCGACGGCCAAAUCAGUCAGCAAAAGCGACUUAAACCGCUAUUGGAACGCAGCCCUGGUGUUCCGCCCUCAUAGCGGCAAACAUGGCCGAUACCCUGUAAACAAAGCAAGUUUAACCGAAGUAAAAUUAUUCUUCGUCAAUAAUUUGAAGCCGCUUCCCACAUGGACACAGAGAGGAAGGUCGACAGCGGUUUCGGAUACGAGGUUGUUUUUACGGAAAGCGAUGAAUCAACACCAUGUUGCCCUCACGGGCCAACGUUGUUAUUCCAAAAAGUUGGUAGGGACGGCGAGAGAGGAAGGAGAUUUUAUGCGUGUUCGGCUUGCAGAGACCGGAAAGACUGCAAAUUCUUCCAGUGGGAGGACGAAAAGCAAUCGGAGGCGAGGUCGCUGGCCAGAGAAGCAGAGAACAAGUUAAAGCGGCCUCCGUUUAGCCAGCAGCAGUGCGUUGCAAGGUUCCGACAGUUUGUCUCCCUCCCGACAGACAAGAGGAAGUUUUGUGGCGAUUGUCAGACGCUCGUCCUUCCCGAUGAGCUGGCUGAACAUGCCUCCCACUCUUGCUCGUCCGUUUCUGCCUCUCAACUGCGAAGGCCGAGCUUGCUUCUACGCCCUCUGGUGGACAAGAAGAGCAAUGCACAGUAUCUCUUCACGGAGCGCACCUCCCGCUUCCUGCUGGACACCCUGGUUGCCAUGGGAUACCGCAAGGUGCUCUGUGUAGGCACGCCAAGGCUUCACGAGCUGAUAAAAGUCGGAAACCUGGAAACCUGGAAAUCCAAGCCAUUGAAGAGCCUUCUUCUGGAUAUCGACUUCAGGUACGCCCAGUUUUACACCCAAGAUGAGUUCUGCCACUACAACAUGUUCAACCACCACUUCUUUGGUAGCGAGCAGGCCCCAAGCGCAGUGCUCCAGGCCUUCCUUGGCCAGCACGAUGGGGACAAGGCGGUGAUGGUGGCCGACCCCCCCUUCGGGGGCCUGGUCAGACCUCUGGCUCACAGCUUCUCUACGAUCUCCAGGACCUGGACGACCCUGCAGAACCCCGCUGGGUGUAAUGGGGACAUGCCCAUGAUAUGGAUCUUUCCCUAUUUCUUUGAAUCUCGCAUCUUGGAGUGUUUCCCUACUUUCAGCAUGCUGGACUACCAGGUGGACUAUGACAACCAUUCCUUAUACAAGCACGGGAAGACGGGAAGGAAGCAGUCUCCUGUCCGAUUGUUUACCAACAUCACGGCUGCACGCUUUGUCCUUCCUGAAGAAGAAGGCUACAGCUUUUGUGCCAUUUGUGAGCGCUACGUCUGCUCCCUCAAUCAACACUGCCCUGAAUGCAACGUCUGCCCAUCCAAGGAUGGCCGUCGAUGGAGGCACUGCUCCCUUUGUGGGAAAUGUGUGAAACCAUCAUGGCGGCACUGUCAAUCAUGCGGCCGAUGUGCCCUCCCGGAUCACCCCUGCCUAUGUGACAAGUCAAAUACGGAGAAGAUGGGCUGCUUCAAUUGUAGCAGCCUGGACCACAAACGCAACACUUGCCCUCGAAAGCGCAUCGGCAGGUCCCAGAGAGGAGGCAAGAAGAAUGCGUCAUCCACACGUGGUCCAGUCAAAAGGAAGAGGAAGACGAGCAAAUAGUUCUCCUGUAAUUUCUAUUCUUCGUAUAAACUUUAUUAACUGUUCCGUGUUUCACACAGGACUGCUAUCUAUCUGUGGUGGUAGAUCAUGGUCAUGAUGUCAUGUCAUUUGCAUAAUUGGCCAGAUAAUUCCUUUGAAAAAGCUACCAGAGUUAUACUGUACAUAUACACUUCCCAGAAAAUGUUUUAGAAGACUCACUGUUUCUCUGGAAGAGACUGGUUGCAAUGACCAGCACAAUAAAAUCAAAUGUUUUAGAAGACUCACUGUUUCUCUGGAAGAGACUCGUUGCAAUGACCAGCACAAUAAAAUCAAAUGUUUUAGAAGACUCACUGUUUCUCUGGAAGAGACUCGUUGCAAUGAUCAGCACAAUAAA